GAGAGGAGGCUGAUGGAAGGGAAAUACGAGGCGAGUGGAAUGGAGAAAGACACUGGCAGAGUCGCUGUUUAGUCAUCCUCCUAAAAGAGGAUUUAAAUGGUACUGAAGUGAUCUUCAGGGCUCGGGGACGGUGGCUGGUGGCGAGAGGUGAAGAGCAGACAGUGUGUUGGCAGAGGGUUCCACGUAAGCGCCAAAGGGGUGUGGGACCAAGGACAGUGCCAUGGUCCAGAGCUAAGGGGUAGAACACAGGUGUGUCCCAUUGCAGACCCCCCACCAGUGGAGAUGAAGCUGAAGCAGCGUGUGGUGGUGCUCUGUGCCAUACUGCUCCUGCUCGGCCUGGCCAAGGUCUUUCUGCUGGAUGGGGGUGAGGGCUCUGCUGCCAGCCGCCGGGAUUUGCGGGCCUUCAGGAAAAUGGAGGCGGGAUUACAGCUGGCCAAGGGGGCACGUCUCACACACACACUCCAGUCUCCAUGGGAAGUGGCAGCGCAGUGGGUGGGGCCUCGAGAGGUAUAUCCAGAUGAAACCCCUGAGAUGGCAGCAGUGCUGAAUGCUCUCACCAGUGCCCGGGUGGAAAGGGCAGAUGUGGGCUAUAAGGGUACCCAGUUGAAGGCCCUUUUGGUUCUGGAAGGGGGACAGAAGGUGGUGUUCAAGCCCAAAAGGUAUAGUCGGGACUACGUGGUGGAGGGGGAGCCGUAUGCAGGCUACGACAGGCACAAUGCUGAGGUGGCUGCCUUCCACCUCGACAGAAUCCUUGGCUUUCGGCGGGCUCCCUUAGUGGUGGGAAGGUUUGUGAACCUGCGCACAGAAAUCAAGCCAGUGGCCACAGACCAGCUGAUGGGCACUUUCCUUAUGCAGGGGAACAACACCUGCUUCUAUGGGAAGUGCUACUACUGCCGGGAGAGUGAGCCUGCCUGUGCUGACGGGGAGGUCAUGGAGGGCUCUGUCACCUUGUGGCUUCCAGAUGUUUGGCCUUUGCAGAAGCACCGACACCCCUGGGGCCGCACCUACCGUGAAGGCAAACUGGCAAGAUGGGAGUAUGAUGAAAGCUACUGUGAAGCAGUGAAGAAAAUGCCCCCCUAUGAUGCUGGACCCAGGCUGCUGGAUGUCAUUGACACGGCCAUCUUUGACUACCUUAUUGGGAAUGCUGAUCGGCAUCAUUAUGAGAGUUUCCAGGAUGACGGUGGUGCAAGCAUGCUUAUCCUUCUGGACAAUGCAAAGAGCUUUGGAAAUCCAGCCCUUGAUGAGAGAAGUAUCCUGGCCCCCCUGUACCAGUGCUGCAUGGUUCGUGUGUCCACGUGGAAUCGGUUGAACCUUCUGCGGAACAGGGGCCUGAGCGGUGCCAUGCGGCUGGCCACGGCUCAUGACCCCACAGCCCCGGUGCUUACUGAGGCUCACCUGGCAGCUCUCGACAGGAGGCUUGUGGGUGUCCUGGCCACUGUGCGACAGUGCAUAGAAACCCAGGGUCCUGACAACACCCUGAUUGAAGACCGCAUGAACCUCCCACACCCAUAGACACUGGUGGGGUAAAAUUUUUUGAUGUUGGAUCAUGAAGAGGCCAAGGGCUGGCCACUUGGACAUGGAUCCUGAUUUCUUUGGUACUAGAGCUGAGAGAUCACAGGAAGCGGUAGGAAGACACCACACAGACCCCUCCCUCCACUUUGCUGCUGAAAGGCCGUGGAAUUGAUACCCCGAGUCGCAACUACUGCUGAGUAGGUCAGAAUGCCUGCUCUCUCUAUUGAUGAUGUAACAAACCUGGUGAGCCAGUGAUCACUGCCAGCAAGAAACUGACCACAGUCUUUUUAAAUUGUGUGGUGAGCAAGGGGAAAGAGGAAUGUGCAAUGCUGUGGUGUUGCCCCUCAGCGAGGAUCGUGGUACAAGAACUCAACACAGAGUCUCAGGGCAGAGCAAGCCACAGUUAUCCUGAGUGCCCGUGUUCCUGGUGAGGGGCACUGGGGUCCUCUAUAGAUACCCGUUGCUCCCGGUGAGGGCUAUGGGUGUCUACUAGGAACCAUAGUGUAAGAACUGCACUGUGGCAAUGGAAAUGGGGACGACUCUACACAAUAAAUGACUUGAACUUUAGUGAUAAACUCUUUAUGGAGACAAACCUUGAAUCAUGAAUAUGUUGUACAGUACUAAUAUUCAGAUAAUAUUGAAGAUCAUAGUGAUGGGAAUUAUAAGGAACCUAAUAUGAUGUCCAGUUUAAAUACUGUAAUGUACAUUGUGGGUAAAGGGAAUUGGUUUGUAAUGGUUGACAUUGCUGCUGAUCUCCAGGUAGGGCUGGAGAUGGGUGGGGAGGAUGGGUAUAGAGGGUACAAUAAGGGCUGAAAAAGGAUUUUUUUUCUAUCAUUAAAAUGUAAUGUUAAAAACCUUGUAUUCUGUCUGUUAAAUACAACAUUCUUAUCAAGAGUUCUGUAUUUAAUACAGUAGUUGUGGCAAAUUUUCAAAACAGGAAACGGGUAAUGCUUAGAAGCCCACAAAAACUUUUCAUUCCUGAAUGGAAACGAAAGGAGAUACCCAGUUAUUAAGCACUUGGCUGUUUAUGCUGAAAGUUAACUAUGAUAAAUAAGGAAAAACUGACCUACAAAGCCAGUAUUCCCCUUGAAAUUUUUCUCAUUCUGUGUGAUUUGAAUAGCCGGUGACAUUCUUUUGGAAAUGAGUGGCUUGCUAGCAUUGAAUUCAAUUUAAAAAUUGCCCUAUUUAUUUAUUUAUUUAUUUUAUUUUUUAAGCUAAAGUAAAUUAAACGGCUAACAAAGGUACUCUUGCUUGUGAAUUUUCAGUGGCAGUUCAGCUUUCUGUUGAAAGCAGCAAAAAAGCCCUCCUGUGCUAGUACCGGCUCGGAGCAUGUCAUGUUUUUACAUGCUUUUGUGAAAGUGCCCGCUAUAUUCUCAGAUCCAAAUUUCAGUGACAUUUGCAUACUGUUCUUUAAAGGCGAACGGACAGGAGGGCUUUUUUUGCUGCUUUCGACAGACUAACUUUUCAACUGAACACUAGGGCCACAAGCUUUUAAGACUGUGUGUGCAUUUCCAUGCAAGUUAAAAGAACAUAAGUAUGGAAAAGGAUUAUUUAUACAGCUUGAGGGUUUUGAUUUUAAAUAUGCAUGAAAAGAAAACUGAUUUCACUUAAAUAUUUGGGAUCAUUUUUUACAUCCUCAACACCCCCCCCCCCCCCCCUUUCUGCAACAUUGAAAAGGAACAGAAACCAGAACAGACAUAAGUCAGAUGGUUUGUUCCCGGGCAACUAAGUGUAGUUUAUAGUUUAUAUAACACUGUAUCAUCCUAAGUUAUAUGCAAUUGGAGCACUGAAUUCGCUGUUAAAUGCAGCUCCUUGUUAACAUCGCUGGACUGUAGUUUGUUUCUUUCAGUUUAGUCUCUGCGGUGAUAAAGGACUGUACUCGAAUCAGGUUUUCACUUGAGUUGUUUCACUUGAUAUCCGAGAGAAAGUGGCAGCAAUCUCCUCCAGUGUAUGAAUCACCAAGGAGCCUCCAUGUUCACCAAUGAAACCUGUUGCUCUUAGUCAGUUCUGUUGUGAGACAGGAGGGGGCAGAGCAGCUUCAGCCAAACCACAAAAAAAGUCCUUUCAUUAUCAGCAUCACUUGAAUAAUAUUCCUUUGAAACGUCACCAAAUGCUGCAAUAUUCUUAAAAUAUUACACAUGUGAUGUAU